AUGUAUAAUGGAUACUGUAUCUCAUUACCAGACCAGACCAGACCAGACCAGACCAGACCCCGACCCCGACCCCUAAAACUCCAAACCCCAAUCCCAGAAUCCUCAUCUAGCCCUGCCCUGCCCAACCCAACCCUUCGCCUCCCGUCCCCUCACCCUCCUUCCCUCCUCUCCUUCCCGUCCCAACUCCCCGCCAGAAAUCUCCCAUCCCAUCCCAUCCAGUAUCCACAAGAAUUCCAUCAAAUCACCCCGUCAUCUCACAACAAACAAUCCCGACAAUCUCAAUCGGAAAAUCAAAACACCACUUCACAUCACAUCCAACUCACUCACGAUACACCAAAAGAAAUACGUACAAUUAAUGUUAAUAUUAAUAUUGUUUUUCGCAUCAAUCUCAAUACCCCCCUAAUAAUUCAAUCUUCCCUUCCUCAGUUUCAAAAUGGUUAA